AUGCUGAUUUCAGUGGAAUGUUACGAGCCUCGCAAGUUGGAUUGCUAUGAUUGUCACAGGCCUCUGAAUUCUAGGCCUUAUGUCUUUGGUUUCACUUCUUUCAGGUUCCAAUCAAGGAAAAGGUCUCAGAGGAAAACUAGAAAGAAGCCAUGCCUUGAAAUCCAAACAGAGGAGGUGAAACGAAGUUCAUUGAGAUUGAGGAGGAGAAAACCUGCAGAUUCCAGUUUGUUGCUAUCAUCUCCAUCCUCGUCAAGUUCUGUGGUCAUUGAGGAGUACAGUAGUCAGUCCAACAGGAGUAUUCCUUCUCAUCCUCUCUAUCGUUCAACACCGCAGGUCCGCAGUGAACUGAGUACUCCACGACCAGGUAGCUCUGCAUUUUAUAAACGGAAAUUCAGAGGAUUGUCACACAUUUCUUCAGACUCAGUAAGGCAAGACAUAUUUGAGCCCCAAGCAAAGAGAGCCUGUAGGACAAGAAAAAAAGUUGUUCCUGACAACUCAAGUGAAAGUGAUGAUUCAGGCAUCCUAGGACAGGAUGAAGAAAGUCCGACAAGAUAAGAUGAAGCAAAAAAGUUUUUUUCAGUAUGCUGUCAGUCCUCAAGCAAAUGCUCCAUUUAGUUAUCAGGUGGUUCAAACUAUUUCAUCAUAGUACUUCUUUGUAUUUGCACAUAUUUUCUGUCAUACUUCAUUAUAAAAAGUUUAUCUGCCUUAUGCCAGUGUUGUAGCUACACAGUAACAUUUCAAAUAUAAUCCAGAAGAUUCUAAUUGCUAUUAUUGAUUAAAUGUUCAAGAUUUCCUCCAUUAAUAUUAUUUCUAUUACUGCAAUGGAUUUGAUGUUGGUCUAGAUAGAAAGAAAUAGUAAGUAAUUACUACAGUCAAAAUGUAGUCCAUUAAAUAAUAAUAAUAAUUAUAAUAAUAAAUAAAUAAGUAAAAGAAAAGAUCAAUAAAAAGUUACUUAUCAGUGCAAAAUAUAUUUCAAACUACUUUUUCAUGUAGUUAAUUAAUCUGAUCAUUGUGAAGUUUAAUCACAGAAACUAAGGGGGAAAAUAUAUCUUUUAAUUUUGUGUGGAGGAAUUGGCUCCUUACCAGUGAUUUUUUUUAUUUGUAGUUUGAAAUUUGUGUAUGAACAGCAGGUUUGUAAUUCUUAUUUUUUGUCAUAUUAAUGGACUCCGGUUUAGUAUAAAAAUCAUUUGUUUUGGGUAGUUAAAUUUUGUUUUUGUAUACUUAUAAAUUUGAGUUUUAAAAGAAAUGAGGACUACUUUAUUGCAUUUUAAGUUUACUCAAAUUAGAAAACAUUUUAACUGCAUACCUUAUUUCUGGAAUGUUAACCAAUGAACAUACCAAAAAAAAGAUUUUGUGGUUACUACUUUUGUGAAAAUUAUGACCAUAUAUUUUGUAAUUGUGAACUAUAAAUCUAUUUUGUUAUUUUACAUCAGAAAGUGAUUUUAUUUUUGGAAAUUCUGUUAUACAUGAAUAAAACUAAUGAUUAAUUGAUUAUGUUUAUUGUCACCAUUCCUCUUCCUAUGUCUUCGAAAUCCGGAUACAUUUUCAUCUGGAACUUUCGUAUGGAACUCACAUGCACA